AUUUUUUAUUAUUCUAUGUCAAUGUUGGCACAGUUUUCUUAUUCUGUAGGUUGCCAACUCUGAUUCUACAUUAUCUGUUAUCUGCAAUAUUCAUAGGUUUUGAAAAAAUGGAAGAGGACAAUAAGGACUCGAUUAUAACUCUGGAAGAUUUUCCGUUUAUUUGUCGAAUUUGUUUGAGGCGAGAGGAUUUGAGACCUUUUGAAGAGGAAGACUGUUUGUUUGACCUAUUCCAUGCAAUCAUGAAAAUUGAUGUUUACUCAAGAAUCAAUUAUCCGAAAAAUGUGUGCGAUAAAUGCGUCAGUAAACUAGAAGAUAUGUCGUUGUUCAUUGAUAUUUCGAAGUAUAAUGACUCGAUGCUAAAGGAAAGCUGGAUGCCAAAAAAGGAAAUUGACUAUGAAGAGAAGAGACAAAAUUUAACGCAGAAAACCACUGAUGAUUGUGAAGGUGAUAUUUACAAUCAGAUAUCUCAAGUUUGUCGAAUUUGUUUGUCCAAAAAAUGCUUGAUACUGUUUAAAGAGAAGGAACUGCUUGCGAAGCUUUUUCAAGAAAUUACAGAAGUUGACUUGACGAAGGAAAGUAGCGUAUGCAACAAAUGUAUUGCCAAUCUGGAAGGUAUAUCAAGAUUUAUCUGUUCUUCCCUGAAUAAUCAUAAAAAACUUGAAAGUGUUGUUGGUGCUGAAGUACCAGAAUCUGAGAGACCAAAAUCCUGCAAUGAAAUUGGUGGUAUUGGAACAAUAAAUGAAGAUACUUUCAAAAUAAACAAAUGUUUUGAUGACAGCAAAAUGAAAUCUGAGAUAAUCGAUAUCAAGGAGGAAAUUAUUGAUUGUGAACUUGCAACUUCUACCGUGCAAACCUACCAAAACGGAUUGGAAGUUGAUUCUCACUUUUCCUCAGAGAAAAAACUAUUCGAAAAUACUAUUUUUAAAAAAAAAUUGGAUGAACGAGGGCCCUUUAUGAAAAAGCGAUUCGAAUGUCAUAUUUGCAAAAAGAGUUUUAGUAGGAAAGUCAUUCUUGAAAAUCAUUUACGUUCUCAUACUGGAGACAAACCAUUCGAAUGUCAUCUGUGCAAGAAAAGUUAUGCUUCAAAAUAUUCACUGAAAUGGCAUCUGUUUACUCACACUGCAAAAAAGGCAUUCCAAUGUCAUUUAUGUCCAGAUAGUUUUUCUUCAAAGAGUUAUUUGAUCAAACAUUUGCGCAUUCACAGUGAAGGAAAGUCGUUCGAAUGUCAUUUGUGUAAAAAAC